AUGUCCCCGCGAAAGAGCUUCAAGUAUGUGUACAUCCCCUGCGACCCCGCGUGCGCGAUGGAGGAGCUCACGAUGGAGAUCCCGGAAGGGAGAGAGAUGGAGUGCCUGCUCGACACGCUGAAGGAACACUUCCGAAACGCAUCGGGGACGCUGGGCACGAGCGCGGAGCAGAAAGCGCUGUUCCGCAAGCAGCUCGAGGAGCAGUCCGGGAAGAAGAUCGACGACGACAUGAUGGACAUCGCCUCGCGCAUGCAGAUGGUCCAGCCCGUGGCGCUGCUCCCGGGCGGGAAGGCGACGAACUGGGAGCACGUCAACCUGUACGUGGACGAUCGCGGAAUAAGCAAAGGGCUGCGAAGGAACGAUCGCGCGUGCGGGCUCGCGCUCGAGUGCGGCGCGCCCACGGACAUCGUCGGCGACGCGUUCCUCGCGAGGAUCCUCGACGACGACGAUCGCUUCGAGAGGCACGACUUCACGUUAGACGAGAUGUCCUCCAGCGCGCCGUGGGUGAAGCGCGCGUACACGCUGCAGAUCGCGAAGAAGCAAAACAGCGGGGACGUUCAGGAGCAGAUCCGAGCGAUGGGCGGGAUGAAGGACGCCGCGAACGUGAUGAACCUCCAGGAUAACCUCCCGGAGCCCGGGCCGCCGCCGGGCUCGAUCGACGACACCGGCUCGCAGCUGUACAAGUGGAGCCAGGAGGGCGAGGACGUCGUCGUCGUCGUCCCGGUGCGAGAGACGACGACCAAGGCGGACGUGAAGUGCGUCGUGAAGAAGGAUCGGAUCCGCCUCGAGGUGACGGACGCGCCCAACGAGGGCGAGCGGCUGAUCGUGGACGACGCGAACGAGCUGUGCUCGGACGUGACCCCGGACGAGUGCAGCUGGAGCAUAGUGAAGGAUAGGGACGGGAGCAAGCGCUUGGAGUUGACCUUGACGAAGGGGAAAGCGAUGCGGUGGCCGUGCUUCACGCGGAUGAACUCCGCGCCCGAGACGAAGCAGUAG